AAAGGGGCGUCCUCCCGCCAUCUUAUUUCUUAUCAUCUUGAUGGUCACGUUCUUCUCUCCUGCUUCGUCUGGAGAGCACCUAGUCUGAGGUCUUUCUUGGUAUAAAGACACACCUAGGGCUCCAAAAUGACAGCUCCUCCGACGAAAAUCUUCGUUGGGCGUCUUCCUGAACAUUGCAAAUCUCAAGAUCUGCGAGUACUCUUUGAGCAAUAUGGGAAAGUCACAGAGUGUGAUGUCCUGAAUAGGUAUGGGUUUGUUCACAUGUCCACAGAAGAGGAAGCCACUGCAGCUAUAAAGGGACUGAACAAUGCUGAAUUCCAGGGGUCAAGAAUCAGUGUUGAGCAAUCAACAGGGAAGAGGGGGAGUGGCAGAGGUCGAGGUGGUGGUCCCAUGAGAGGAGGAAUGGGUCGAGGACGUGGUGGAAUGCCCAUGCGUGGAAUGGGUCCUUAUGAUAGACAUCCUCCUCCUAUGCCAAUGCGCAAUGGGUUUGAUGGGUAUUAUGAAGACUACUAUGAUCGACGAGGACCACCCCCCAUGGCACGGGAGCGGGAAAUGAUGAUGAGGGACCGACCAAGACCUGGAUAUCCUGACAUGUAUGACAGACGCCCUCCUCCAGCCAUGCCAGAAAGGCGACCCAUGCCCCCCCCAGAUGCCAUGCGUGCUGAUGCCUUUGGCCGCCCUUCAGACAUGUACAGCCGCAGAUCUCCACCUAGCUUUGACCCAUAUGAUGAUCCAUAUGGAGCCAGGGGUGGAGCUAGAGCCAGAUAUGAUGUCAGCUUGAGUGGAGAUGUGGCUAUAGUAGAUCAUCCUGUUCAUAUCUGUGUGGUCACAAUUUCUUCAGCAGGGGAGCUGAAGCCCUGUAAGCACAAGAUGGGAGGUGAAAAGAAAAAUGGAAUGAGGAAAGCCAAGCUGAAAAAGCUGAAGUGGAAGAUGGAAAAAGAGCAGCUGAAUUCAUAUCAGGAGCGGGUGAAUGCUGCUAACAAAAAACUGGAUCACUUGGAGCAGCUCAAAGCUUUCAGGAAGUUUGAUCGGAAUGGAAUUUCUGUGAACAUUGAAUGCUGCAAGGCUGAGAACUUGGACACAAGAACUCGGGACUGGGUCUUUGAUCUCACAGCUCGCAACAUGAAGCACUUGUAUUUGAAGAGUGCAUGGGGAUGGAGUGACCGAGAGAAGAGAGAAGAAUUAAUGGAUGAUUCAGCUUGGUAUUUGCUUGCUCGGGGUGAAGGAGAUGCCCUUGUAGCUUUCUCUCACUUCCGAUUUGACUUGGACAGCGAUCUGCCUGUGCUCUAUUGCUAUGAGUUGCAAAUCGAAGAGAGCUACCAGAGGAAGGGCCUUGGGAGGCAUAUGAUGGCCAUUCUGGAAUUGGCAGCUUUCAAUUCACAAAUGGUGAAGGUGGUGCUUACAGUAUUCAAGCAUAAUCCUGAAGCCAAAGCCUUCUACCAAUCUAUCAACUUUUCUGUGGACCAGACUUCACCAGAAGAUGAUUAUGAAGAGACCUUUGACUAUGAGAUCCUGAGCAAAAGCAACAGGUUGCUGAGCCAAUGCCAAUGUCAUUGCUGAAAAUCAAGCUAUGCUCAUUCAUUCCAGGACCUGUUACAGAUCUCACUGCUUCUAUAUGACAACUCUGCUUUUUUUGUUUCCACGAUGAGUGGUUCUUAGUGAAUAAAGUUGAUCUUACAAGGG